AUCCGCCGGGCGCCGAUUGGCGGCGGCGCACGCGGCGCGUUCAAACGGCCGGCGGGGCGAUGGAGGCGGCGCAGUUGGCGCUGCACGGCGGCCGUGGAGGAGCCGCUUCCGGGGGGCUGCGGCCCGCGCCGCCGCGUCCUGCGGGACGCCACCGUGCUGCUGGGCCGCAACGAGUUGCGCCAGCCCGUGCUGCGGGUGGUGGGCGGCGGCGGCGCGGUGCUGAGCUUCGCGCUGAGCGGGGACGCCGUGCGGCUCUUCACGCGGUUCGCGGCCGAGGCGGGCGGCGCGCAGGUCCUGCUCUCCGACUGCCCCCCGGACGCGCUGCGCCGCUUCCUCCGCCUCCUGCGGCUCAAAGUGGUCGCCGGGUCGCGGGGCCCGGCGCGCCCCCCGCGCCUGCUGGAGCGGCCGCCGGCGUCCUUCGCCGUGAUCAGCCCGGUACAGCAGCGGGACCUGCUGCGCAACCCCGGCCCCCGCCGCGGCUGCGGGGAGGGGCGGGGGGAGUGCCCCGCCGAGGUGCCCCGCGCCGAGAGGCGGCCCCCGGCGCGGCUCUCGGCGGAGCAGGAGGCGGUGCUGGGAGCCGUGCGGAGCGGGAAGAGCAUCUUCUUCACCGGCUGCGCAGGGACUGGGAAGUCCCUCCUGCUGAAGAGGAUCGUGGGCUCCCUCCCUCCGAACGUCACCUAUGCCACAGCCAGCACGGGAGUGGCCGCUUGCCACAUCGGUGGCACCACUCUCCAUGCCUUUGCAGGGAUCGGCUCUGGGAAGGCACCGCUGGAACAGUGCAUUCAGCUGGCGGAGAGGCCGGGGGUGCGCCAGCACUGGCUGGCCUGCCAGCACCUGAUCAUCGAUGAGAUCUCAGUGGUAGAUGAAAAGUUCUUUGACAGGCUGGAGGCAGUGGCAAGGGCAGUCAGAAAAUGGGAUGAGCCUUUUGUAGGAAUUCAGCUAAUCAUCUGUGGGGACUUCUUGCAGCUACCUCCAGUUUGCAAGGCUAAUGAAGAAACCAAGUUCUGCUUCCAGGCAAAAAGCUGGAGGAAAUGUAUCCACAUAAACAUGGAGUUGACUGAAGUGCGGCGACAGACUGACAAGACCUUUGUCUCACUCCUGAGUGCAAUAUGUUUAGGCAGGUGCACAGAGGAGGUUACCAGGCAGCUGAUGCAGACAGCUACUAACAGGUCUGAGCGUGAUGGGAUCCUGGCUACACGGCUCUGCACCCAUAAAGAUGAUGUCGAAAUAACUAAUGAGAGACGCUUGCAACAGCUAUCAGGAGAAGUGCACACGUUUGAGGCUUUGGAUAGUGACCCAAUGCUAGUGAAGUUAAUUGAUGCUCAGUGUCCUGUGGGUGGUAGAGUUGAGCUGAAGCUUGGAGCUCAGGUGAUGCUGGCAAAGAAUCUGGAUGUGUCUCAGGGGCUGGUGAACGGGGCACGAGGCGUUGUUGUAGGAUUUGAAAGUGAACAGAAGGGGCUGCCUAAGGUGAGGUUUCUCUGUGGGGUCACACAGGUCAUAAGAAUGGAGAAAUGGGUCUUCAAAGGACCAUCAGGAGUUCACCUGAGCCGUCAACAGCUGCCUUUAAAAUUGGCAUGGGCCAUUUCCAUUCACAAGAGUCAGGGCAUGUCUUUAGACUGUGUGGAAAUCUCCCUGUCUCGUGUCUUUGAAAGUGGGCAGGCUUAGGUAGCCCUCUCCCGAGCCCGCAGCCUUGCAGGUCUCCGUGUUCUGGAUUUUGACCCAAAAGUAGUGAGAGCUGAUCCUUCUGUGCUGCACUUCUGUAGACAGCUGAGGCGUCAUCAGCUUUUAACCCAGGAUUCACUACACACCUAUUCAGAUGCUGAUGAGAAGGAGAAUGUGAAAUGCAGCUGAUAAUGUUCUCCUGGUUUCUGUGAAGUGUCAGCACAGACAGCUGAGAUGCAGUGAUCUUGCUAUUGAGUAUAUUUGAUAACACAGGUAAAGUCAAAGGAAUUUUUUUAGCUGUUUGCUUCAUUCAGCUGACUCUGGAUAUAUAGAAGUAUCCCCACCUUGUGCCUCUGGAAUUUGGAAGGCUUCUGCAGCCCCCUUCUGAGCCCACAGUCCUAAGUAAGCACUUCUGUGUCACAGAUGCAACUCUAGCAAACAAAAUGACUGAACAAGGAUGUUCCUGAAGGACUUUCCUAUGGUUCUAUCCUGCCUGCCUAGUUGCAUUUAAUCCUCCACAUAUAUAGACUGAAACUUGUGUCCCUUUCUUCAAGUAUACCACUGUUGUGAGAUGGAAGGUGUCUGGAUGGAUUGGACCUGUUCACAGGAGCUGCUGACACAAGGGAAAGCAGUGCUAAGUAUGUGGAAUACACACUUGAUUCUUCUGCAAGCAAGGAGCUGGGCUAUUACUUUACAGCAUGCUGAGGUGUUCCAGAUGCUUGACACCAGGAGGCUUUGCAAAACUUCCUCCACAAGCAGAACUGCCAGUUACAUAUUGCUUGUUAUGCUGAUAUGUAGUGUUUUUAUUAGUCUGUUGCAUAAGAUGUGAUUUUUAUUUUUUAACCCUCUGAGAUGAACUGGCACUGUUUAAAGACAGGAGGAAUUCCUACAUCUUAUACCUGUAAUUAUGGAACUACAAGAAUUGUAAAGGUCUGUUACUCCAUUAGGGAGAAGAUGGGUACUGGUGAGAGUUCCUCUUGUUAAAACAUGAGGCUUGCUCAAAUGAAA